AUGAAAGUUUGUCUGUUAUCCAUAUUGGCAUUGAUUAGUCUGGCAAAUGCUCAUUCUAUUGUUGAAAUUGAUAAUGCUGUGAUAGGUGAUCCGGAGGUACAAUGUGAAUCGGAUUCAAUCUCGUUACUGUUUCUUACCAAAAACCCGUUCAUUGGCAAAAUAUUCGUUAAGGGCUUUGUAUCGGAUGAUAACUGUGUUAGUAUGGGAGACAACAAGAAGAACCAUCGCUUCUCUGUGAAGCAUGACUCUUGUGGAGUUCGUCGUCAGCGAGAAGUAAAUGGAGUUGUUGUGAUUACGACAGUAAUCGUCUCUUUCCAUUCAAUUUUCAUUACAAAAGUUGAUAGAGCUUAUCGUCUGAGCUGUUUUUAUGUGGAAUCAACGAAGAAGGUUCAACAACAGCUUGAUGUGGCAGCUUUGACGACGCAAGCUUUGGAUGGACAAACCCAAUUACCUGUCUGCCGUUAUGAAAUCUUGUCGGAUGGACCAAACGGUGUUCCAAUCAAAUAUGCUCGCGUUGGAGAUACUGUUUACCAUAAAUGGACUUGUGUCUCAGAGCUGGAGGACGUUUACUGCAUGAAAGUACAUUCAUGUACUGUUUACGAUGGACAAGGAGGACCACCAGUUACAGUUCUUGACGCCAAUGGGUGUUCAAUCGAUGGAAUCAUUCUACAGAACUUAGAUUAUCUAUCUGAUCUGUCAGCAGGCAAGCCAGCUCAGGUUUUCAAAUUUGCUGACAAAACUGGUCUUUACUUUAAUUGCCAAAUACGUCUUACCAUUAAAGACAAACAGUAUGGAUGUUCUAGCGCGCGACCUUCAUGCGGAGGAGGUCAAACUUAUGUUGAACCAUCUUCUCGAACAACAGAAAUCUCUUCAAGCGAAGACAGCGCAGAAGACUAUGCUACUAAGCCAGCUGUUUAUCCUACUACGCAAGACUCGUACACCACUGAUAGGUAUGCAACAUCCCAAUAUGCUUCAUCAACUGAUGAGCCCAGAGAUAAUUCAGCUGCUGUCUACCCUAAAGCAUCUAACCAAAAAACAAUCAUAACCGUACCAAGAGAAGGAGGCCGAAUAAGUCAUGCUCCAGGAACUAAUCCAACUUAUGCUGAUCUACAGGCUACCACUAAUGAGCCUUACGUUGACAGAGAAGAAGGAGCUGUUCCUUCUCGCAUCGUCAAGAGAAACGCUUGGUCUUUCAAUAAGAGCCUGCCAGUAACGGUAGCUGACUUCGAUUUGCCCGAGAAAGGCUUAAUUGUGUUCGGGCUGGAAGAAAAUGGAAACAACCAAGAAGAUAUUAUGGAAGGAGAUACUGCUCGUUUCAUUAUCGAAGAUCGUAUGGCUAAAACAUGUUUCACAACAAAUAAACUGAUGGCCUUCAUGGUUCUAAUCUUCAUCUUUGCCUUGGCACUUCUGUUUGUUAUGGGCUUCAUCGUUUAUCGUCAAAGACGUCUGAUCAGCAGAUCUUUCUUGAAGCAUUAG